AUGAUUGCCACCAUCAAUUGUCCUGCUCAUCACAGCAACCGAUACAAACAUAAGGCACCGAAAUCACCGAGAUCCGCCGUCACUCAAGACCAAGCGGACAAACGCCUCGAACAAGAGCAGCAGAAGAACGAUGGCGCUCUGCCCGAAAUCUCGGAUCCUUACUCGGAGACUCAGAAGACCUGGCUCGACGGAAGACGCUUGCCGCGGCUGCCCUACGACGCCUCUCUUUCGUACAAAUGCUGGCCUACUUUGCUCCGAGUACCGCAGGUAAGUGGCGCGACCCACCUCGCACAACGCUUCCUCUUGUUCUCGACGCAGACCUCUUCGCAAGUGGCUGUGGUCUCCGACUUCGCAGCGCCCACGAUCUUGAACAACUUCGUAAAUUUGCUUCUAUACGACCAAAAUGGAAAAAAAACUUACCACGGCUAUCAUCGACACGCUACCAGCGACUGGAGACUCGACGUAUGCGGACACCACCCUAUGCCGCCGACUAGCUAA